AUGCCCAGCACGUAUCCCCGCGCUGCAGGGAAGAGAUUCGGCAUACAGUGCCCUUCGGCUGCAGCGAAGAAAUCCACAGACACUGUGGCCACGGGCCCCCUGCAGGCCUCUUGCGCUGUUUGGAAGAUGUGGGAGUUCACUUGGGUUUCCGCUGUGCCGAUGCGAUCAUCGCAGCUCGACAAGCCUUGGCGAGCAUUGGGUGGUCUGACAAGCACGCGCAAGAUCAUCAUGGACAAGGCAGUCAACACAAACACCACGACCACCGUGACCACCAUGACCACCAUGACCACCAGAAAAACCACGACCACCACAACCAUCACGACCACCAACCUGCUGAUCACCACCACCCAGACAAACACCACUCUGACCACCAAGACCACCACAACCACAAGCACCACAGUGACCACCAUGACCACAACCCAGACCACAAGCACCGGAGCGAACAUCAUGACCACAAGCAUCCAGACCAUCACCAUGGUGAACACCAGGAUCAUGUUCAGCAUCACGAACAUGCUGGUAACACCCACAUGGAUCACAACAACCAUCAAAGCACCCAGCACCAGCACCAGCAUGACCCCCAUCGACCUCAACAAAGCCACCAUUCAUCCAGCUCAUCCAGUUCCUGUCCUCCUGGUUGGGAAGGACCCAAGGCUGGAGGCUGCUGCACCAGACGAUGGUCUCCUCGAUGUAACCUCUCCUGCAGUGUUGAAGACUGCCGAGCUGCAAGUGGCUGGGAAUUUAGGUGGGCAGACUUCAGGACUCAUCCCUACAUCUGCUGCCCCAAGGUGA